CCUACCUUUCCGUUUCUCAAUCUCGCUCCAUUCCCUUUCUAUAUUCUCACUCCUCGGCAGCUCCAGCUUCUCAAUGGCGACAGCGGGCGACCGCGGAGCUCCAGAAGAGUUUUGGAAUAGCCAUUUGCGGCCAGAGAUUGAUGAAGGACCCCAGAAUGUUUCUCAGGAGGCAGGGCAAAAUAACUCAAGUGGAGUAUCAGAUCUUAGCACUCAUCAAGCUGGAAAAUCAGAGCUUGAACAAAUGUUAAAACAUAUGACAUUUACUAGGUCUGAAACCCUGUACUUGAUAGCAUUGUUGCAUUCAAGAACCAUCGAGGCGUCACCUUCUGAUAAAUUCCUUGCUGCUAGUAAAAUUUCAAGAAUUGCUUCACCUACUGAGCUUGCGGAUGCCAACAAAGCAUUGAGACAAGAUUCAAAGUUUAUUAACAAAAAUGCACCAAUGAUGGUUUCACCACAGCAACCAACAACUAUUGAAAACCUCCCAAACGAGCUUUUAUCAAACAUAUUCAUUCGCUUAUUGGCCAAACAGCUUGCUCAAAUGAGAUGCGUCUCUAAAUCUUGGAAUUCCCUAUUAUCUAAAUCCUCCUUUGUAAAAACCCAACUCCAUCAUUCCAUCUAUAACAAAGAUAAAACUCUCUUUCACUUCUCUGAUGACCAUUAUUAUGGCUUCAAACUCUCGGUUAACCCCAAUCCCCAACUCAUUAGUUUCAUCAAACUUCCACCUAACCCUGAAUCUCCACAUACAACCAUCAGAGUUAUUGAUUCUGUCAACGGCUUAAUAUGCUCUUCUUACAGUGAUACGGUCAUUCAGAUUUGGAACCCUUCUCUCUCUGCCAUCUUAACCCUUCCGCCAUAUUUCAUGCCCUGCAGUGCUUAUGAUUCAAUCAAAAUCUUUUUCCGGUUUGGGUUUGAUCCGAAAACUGAUGAUUACAAAGUUGUGAAGCUUACAGCCUAUGCUGAUGGAUCCUGCGUUAUAUGGUGGAUGGAUGUUGAGAUUUAUAGCAUGAAAAAUGGUUCCUGGAAGUUCAUUACUGAAAGGGUUCCAUCACACAUCACAUGGAUUGACGAGAAUGAAGUCGUUUGUGUGGAUGGACAUGAUGGACAUCUUCAUUGGCUUGGUCAUUUUGGUGAGGAGAAGGUUUCAAAAAUGAUAGCGGUGUUUGAUUUGGGUUCUGAGACAUUCCGUGAGAUACCUCUUCCAGAUUCUACAGUAGCUACUGAAUAUGGGCGCUCAAAUGCAUUAGGAGUUUUGGGGGGGAAGCUUUGUGUGAUGUCAUGGGCUCGCAACUGGCUACGCUGUACGUAG